AGCUGGCGUCGUCAUGCUGUAUACAUCGUGCUCAGUGCUGCUCCUCGCGGCGGUCUCCACUAUCAACGUAGCGAGCGGGGCGUUCACCUGCCCACAGAAGUACGGCCAGUUCGAGGAUCCGAAACAGUGUGACAAGUUCUACGAGUGUGACGAUGGGGUCGCCACGGAGAAGCUAUGUCCUGAUGGUCUCAUGUUCGACCCCCUCAACCGGAAGGUCAACAAAUGUGACCAACCCUUUAAUGUGGACUGCGGUGACAGGAUAGAGCUUCAGCCCCCGAAAGGGAACCAGCACUGCCCCCGUAAGAACGGGUACUUCGCCCACCCGGACCCGGCCGUCUGCCACCUCUUCUACAACUGCAUCGACGGGGAGUACACCGAAGUUCCUUGCACGCCGGGACUGCAUUUCGACGAAUACCAGGGGACGUGUGUGUGGCCGGAGUCGUCAGGACGCUCCGGGUGCAGCAAGUCGGAGAGCAAGCUGAAGGACGGGUUCGAGUGUCCGAAGGAGGCCCAAGCGGACGGCAACGGGCAGGCGGUAGCGCACCCCAAGUUCCCGCACCCUGAGGACUGCCAGAAGUUCUACGUGUGUCUGAACGGCGUCCAGCCCCGCGAGCUCGGCUGCUCCUUGGGCGAAGUUUACAACGAGGAGGACCAGAAAUGCGACGCGCCAGAGAACGUGCCGGGCUGUGAGGACUGGUACAAAGACAACCCAGAAGUGAACAAGAACAACAAGGGCAAGAAACAAUGAAAAAAGUAGAGUUCUGUAUCGGACUGUGAUGAUGUGACUUGGUGAUAUGUCAGUCACCUCGAUAUGGUCGCGCUGUCUUGUCAACUUUCAGUCGACUUUAUUAAGAAUUAGCUCAUCUAAAUAACACUAAAAAUUCAGUUCCUACCUCACAGACAACUCACCGCGCCUCCGCCUAAUACUGUCCAGUACAAAACUCGCGACGGUGUGACGCCAGCGUCUGAAGUCCGCUAAGAUGUUUGUACAAAUGUGACUACCUGCUUGCAGGAUACAUGAAAAGUCCAUUCAUGGCGUCGGGUAUAAAAGUUUACUUCUAUUAUGGGGCCAAUAUGGCUGAAAGUCGUAACUGUUCGACAAACUUCAUUGUAAACCUCCCGUAUCGAAUUGUGGGAGUAUCAACCGAAGGGUUUAGGGGCUAAUAACACGUCACAGACAGACGGACGGACAGAUAUGGACUCUACAUAGGAAGUCCUCCUUACCUCUCAAAUAAUCGCUGUUUGUUCUUGGAAUUAUAUACAGAACCCAUAAGUACGUUGUGUGAGGAACGUAACAGGCAUUUGUAAUGUUAAAGGAUGUGGUACAGAUAGUUAUCACUGCGCUCUAAAACGUUAUAACACCUAAAAUAACAAAGUAUAUAGUUUAACCAUUGAAUUUAGAUACAAUCCUGUGAAAUUGAUACGAAACUGUUAUACAUUGUCUUAAAAUCCAAUUGUUAAAAUAUUGUUAACAGUCUGGUGUAUAUUGUGCGAAGUAAAUAUUUUCUUCCGAAUA